AUGGCAAGUCAGCAACCACCAGCUCGUCCAUGGAUCCGGUUUUCUUCUACAAAUCGCCCUUCAGCCCCAGCCCCAGCCCCAGCACCCGCACCAGCACCAACCAUUUUGGCGCCUCAGGCUCAACCACCUGCUCGCCAGCCAAGGCCACCAUUUGUCCGACCCACAUUUAGGCCCCCAGUAGCCCAACCUCCAGCACCACCUGUUGCUGCACCACCUCCUGCCACCACUUAUGUGUCGUCGUCAUCUCCAUCCAUCAAAGUUUCCCCUUCAUCUUCUCUGCCAACUUCUCCAGCACCAAAACCAUCACCAAAAUCCACAGUUCCUCAAGUUGAAUCCUCUUCUUCACUGUUACCAUCUCCUAAAAAACAACUACUUUCAGCUUCUUCAUCUUCAUUGCCCACUUCUCCAGCCCCCAAAGUAGUGUCACCACCAGCACCACCUUCUUAUAUCUCUGCCACCACCGCCUCCACCACCACUAUCAAUGCUCGUGCCGCCACCCCAGCAUCCUCCCCAAAAUCUCUGUCCCCCAAGAUGGAGCCCAUUUCUACUCCACCGUCUCCUCUAUUUCUUCCUCCUGCCCAAAUAAAGUUUGUUGGCAAGCCCGAAACCAAGAUUCCAGCAGAAGCGGAGAAAAAAACUAUACUGGUACAAGAAACCUUCUACACCUCCAAUGGUAACUUUCAAAAGCAUGCCAGCACGUAUUCGGAUUCCGAAGAUUUUGGGGUGAGAGUUAUAACAAUUGCAGGUGAAAAUAGAGGUGCUAUUAUGGAAUUGAGCCCUUCCCUCCGCAACAAUCGCAAUCCCACAGCUCUGGACAACAACGGUGGGAAAUUGGAAAGAGAGAGUAAUGAAGAAGGGAGGUCAAAGAUGAAGGACGAAACUCACAAAAUGGUAAGGCCAUUGAAGACUACAUUCAUUAACAGCAACGUGCAGGGUGCGAGCAGCUCGAUUCUCUUGGAUUGUUCUUUCACUCAACACGGUCCUGGUGUCCACCUCUCUCUCUCUGGUAAGGCCAACGGUGGCCGUGGAGCUCAGCUCAAGGACUAA